AUGGAGUUAGAGCCCGCAGGGAAGGCAAGGAAAUUGGACAUUCAAGAAUUGGAGGAGAUUCGCAAUGAUGCCUACGAGAAUGCUCGAAUUUAUAAAAACAAAACAAAACUGUUUCAUGAUAGGAAAAUAGCUCAGAAACAUUUCUCGGUAGGGCAAAAAGUUUUGCUUUAUAACUCCGUAUUAAAGCUGUUCCUAGGUAAGCUUCGAUCUCGGUGGCAAGGACCUUUUAUUGUGACUGAAGUAUUUACGCAUGGCGCAGUUGAAAUAGAAAGUGAAGAAUUAGGAAAGCGGUUCACAGUCAAUGGCGGCUGA